AAAUUUGAAAUAUUAUUCACUAACUGAUCUUUCAAGUGAUCUAUCCAAUCUACAGAAUUAUGAUAAAUUAUUUCCAAAGCUCUCAAAUGAAUUUAGUGCUCAAUAUUUUUAUCGAUAUUUGGUGGAAUAAGUAGGUGAAUAAUUGUAAUGAAAAAUGUCACAAACUGAUCCCAACAAACUACAAGCCACCGUUCUCUGCCUGGGUCCGCCUGGCUCCGGCAAAACUCUCCUGCUGAAGAAGCUGCAAUCCGGCAACAGUGUAGACGAAACAUCCAGCUCUGUGGCUACGGUCGGCAUAGACCUCAUCACACUGCGCUACCAGGAGAACCAGAAGAACAAGGCAAUAGUUAUCAGGGAGAUCGGAGGCCUUAUGGCACCCAUAUGGAACAGGUACUACGAUGGAAUCAACAAGGUGAUGUUUGUGAUUGACACCAGUAAUUUAUGUCAGAUCUCCGCGGCUGGCGUACUGUUUUAUACUAUCUUGGCUGAGCCGUUGCUUCAAAAAAUCAAGAUACUGAUGGUGUUGACGAAAAUGGACGUGUCCUACAGGCAGAUGAGAAACGAGGCGUUGCUGAUGCUGCAGUCAAAACGACUCAGGAAGGAGGCGCAGCAAUCCAUCACUGUUGUGGAGGCCAGUGCUGUAGAUGGAGAGGGCACCGAGAUGAUCCUCGACUGGCUCAAGAAUAAGGAGAUCAACACCAAGUUGUAGAGAAUUCCAGAAUGGGAAACGAAACAGAACCAUCUAUAGUCAGUACAAAUUUACUUCAGACUUGGAGGAAUAUGCAGCGCAAAGAAAUGGAGGGAGAUCAGCCAAUUACAGUGAUUAAUAGAGUCAUAGGUAGAAGCGCAGUUGCCAAUUUGUCAG